CAGACUGCAGACCCUGGGGAGUUGUAAAGGCGGGGCUGGGGUCGCGGUAGCUACCUCCUGGUGUAAAGGAGCUGGUAGCAAGGAGAGUGUGCGUGGUGAAGACAACUGGCUAAAGCAAAGUAUACAGACCAGCAAACUUUCCGCUGUUCAAGACCUGCGUGCAGACAUGGGCUACCAGGGGCAGCUGUCCACCACCCCGCCGCAGAGCUGUUUAGAUGACAAGGAGACUCUCAUUUCUGAAGAUAAAGAGAAAACUUGUCAUCAGUUUGCUGCUGUUUUUAAUGUUGUCAACUCCAUUAUAGGAUCUGGUAUAAUAGGACUACCUUAUUCAAUGAAGCAAGCUGGCUUUCCUCUGGGAAUAUUGCUUUUAUUCUGGGUUUCAUAUAUUACAGACUUUUCCCUUAUUUUAUUGAUAAAAGGAGGAACUCUUUCUGGAACUGACACUUACCAGUCUUUGGUCAAUAAAACCUUCGGCUUUGCAGGGUUUCUCCUCCUCUCUGUUUUACAGUUUUUAUACCCAUUUAUAGCUAUGACAAGUUACAACAUAAUAAUUGGGGACACACUGAGCAAAGUUUUCCAAAGAAUCCCAGGAGUUGACCCAGAAAACCCCUUUAUUGGUCGCCGCUUUAUCAUUGUGCUUUCUACAGUCGUCUUUACUCUGCCUUUGUCCUUGUACCGAGAUAUAACAAAGCUUGGAAAGAUCUCUUUUAUUUCUACACUUCUAACAACACUGAUUCUUGGAAUUGUAAUUGCAAGGACAGUUUCAUUAAGUUCAUCUAUACCAAAAACAGAAGAUGCUUGGGUAAUUGCAAAACCCAGUGCUAUACAGGCUAUUGGAGUUAUGUCAUUUGCAUUUAUUUGCCACCAUAACUGCUUUCUAAUUUACGGUUCUCUGAAGGAGCCCACAGUGACUAGGUGGUCCCACAUCAUUCAUGUGUCCACCUUCAUUUCUGUAUUCAUCAGUAUUCUCUUUGCUACAUGUGGAUACUUGACAUUUACUGGCGUUACUCAAGGAGACUUAUUUGAAAAUUAUUGCAGAAAUGAUGACCUGGUAACAUUUGGGAGGUUUUGUUAUGGAGUCACUGUAAUUUUGACAUAUCCAAUUGAAUGCUUUGUGACUAGAGAGGUAAUUACCAACGUGUUUUUUGGUGGAAAUCUUUCAUUAGUUUUCCACAUUCUCAUAACAGUUGCUAUCAUUACUGUAGCCACACUUGUGUCAUUGCUGAUUGAUUGCCUUGGGAUAGUUUUAGAACUCAAUGGUCUGCUCUGUGCAAUUCCUCUAAUUCUCAUCAUUCCAUCAGCAUGUUAUCUGAAACUGUCUGAUGAACCAAGGACACACUCAGAUAAGAUUAUGUCCUAUGUCAUGCUUUCCUUUGGUGCUGUGGUCAUGCUUGUUGGAUUCAUCAUGGCCAUCAAAAAUCCUCAAGAUUGUACUCAUGGACAGGAAAUGUUCUACUGCUUUCCUGAUAACUCAUCCAUCACAAACAUCUCAGUUUCUCAUUUCCAAUUGACAACACAACUUCAAAUUUUAAAUAUCAGUAUUUUUCACUGAAUUUUAAAAUCUGAGUGUUCUUUCACAUUCAAAACCACCAAAUGAGGAUAACACAUUUUUAGUCUCUAUACUACAGAAUUCUCACUGAGUAUUUAUAAAAACUUAACUUCCUCUAGUCUCUAGUCUGAUAGAAAUAAUAAAAAGGAAAAAAAAUGAAUGUCUUUAUCUUA